AUGCUUAUUUGUUCUGUCUCGAAAACGAUGAGCAGGCGGCUGGUGAAACCUAGUUUGUUGUCGGUGGCGUCUUGGAAGAGUUCACCUCCGUUUUCUCCAUCAUCCAAAGAUGCACCCCACGUUUCCUUCAUCUUCAACCUUUGACCUCUGAAGCUCCCAGCGAAGCCCCACCCAAUUCCUUCGCUGAGGGAAUCAGAAAAUUUCGCCCUCCGCUCAGUGCAACUUGCCUUGCAUGCACAUGUUAGAGAAAGCCGAAAAUAAAGGGGAUGGAUCUAAGUCCCUGCCUAAGAUACUAGCCAAAUGGAAAGAGUAUAAUGCUCAGCUUGAUUCCUCCAAUGAUGGGGAUAAGCCGGUUCGGAAAGUUCCUGCCAAGGGGUCGAAGAAGGGGUGCAUGAAAGGCAAAGGAGGGCCUGAAAACUCGCGAUGUAACUACAGAGGUGUUAGGCAAAGGACGUGGGGGAAGUGGGUUGCUGAGAUUCGAGAGCCGAACAGAGGGAAAAGGCUCUGGCUAGGUACUUUUGCCACUGCCAUUGGAGCUGCUCUUGCAUAUGAUGAAGCGGCCAGGGCAAUGUAUGGUUCUUCUGCCCGCCUCAACUUUCCUAAUGUUGCUGUUUCCAAUUUCUCUGAGGAAUCUUUGAAAGAUUCUUCAGUUGCAAAUGAUGACUCUGGUUCCUCAAUGGCGGCAGUUUUGGCAAAUACCGAGUCCAAGGUAUCAUCAAAUAACUCUGGGGUAGGCACAGAAGAGGAUGUUGAUAUGGAGCCCAUUUCCUUAUCCCUGAGUGUAAAGCACAUGAAUGGAGAAGGUGAAUCCGGCAUAACUUCAUCCCCUCCUUUAUGCUUGUGAUGUACAUUUUGCACACCUGUGAUUUGGUUAUGACAUGAAUUGUUAGCGGUCGUACUUGCUAAUGAUCAGCUUAGUGUUAAUGAAUGUUGAUAUUUUGUCAUGGAAGUUAGCUGUUGUAAAACUAAAUUGAACUUGGAUGGAAAUUGGUCAUUUCUUGUGGCCAUGUCCUUGUCCUGCACUGGAUAUCCAGUCAAGUUUUAACUAGUAAGAUGGAAGAUGACUCCUUUCACCCCCA